CUUAAUUUAAUCUAUGUGAUGGUCACAGCGAAAUGUUUUGAGUUUAAGUUUUUUUCAAAUGGAAAAAAAAAGUCAGCCUGUGAGUUAAGCAUGAAUGGAGCAACUGUUUUUCUUCAAAUUUUAAAGAGUUGUUUAAUUACUGUGGGAUGAUUAACUUUGAGAUUUGAAUUUUGCAGAUUAAAUUAUCUGUUAAAAUUGCCAAACUUUUAGGAAACUCGCAUUCGAAAAAUAUCUGGAUAAUUUUAACUGAAAUAUGGUGACAGGGUCUGUAAAGAGUACAAAAAGUGCACUUUUUCAACCUGGUAACCAGGAUGGACUAUUUGAACCCCAUAUAUCACCGACAUGAUUAUUGAAUGAAUAAAUGCUAAAUAUGCCAGUAAUUAAUCAGAUGAAUAUUACAGAACUGCAGAGGCCAUCUAUGGUCUCAAAUCCAAAACAAAGGAAGAAAAAUGUAAUGGGCCAUACAUUUGUUAAAGUCUAUACAUUUGUUUAAUUUAAGAAAACAAUAGUGACUUAGAAAUACUCUUUACUUAUCACACUAUACUUACAUUUAUCCUCCAACAGUUUUUUAAGUCUUGUUUUUGGACGCUCCUGUCUAGAUUAAAACACAAGUAUCAAUAUUACAGAACUAAUGCAGAUACGAUGCAGUAAUUAACAGUAAGCCUUGUACUCGUCACAUCGUUAGUUGACAGGAAGCUGCUGUAGUACAUCCAGAUCACGCUGAAAAGAAGGAAAGGGGAGGUGAAGCAUCUCACUUGUCUCUUACUCUUCGGCGUUGAUAGAGAACCAAAACAGGAAGUAGAAUCUUAAGACGGAACUCCUCCUUUAUUGUUUAGAACCAGAUGCAUAGUUUGGACGAGCGUGAGAAUCAAGCCUGGAGCUGUUUGAGAUAGAACCCGCUGGUUUGAAUCCGUAGUUCACAUCGUCCGCUUUAUCGGCUCCGUCAAGUCGACGAAAGCAAGACACCGACUGGAAGUGAAUGGAUUUCGCUUUAAAGCGGACUCUUCGCCGCACAGGGAGUGAUGAUAUGUGGCUGAGGACAGAAGCCACAGCUCUGCUUCCUCCAACCUGACCUUAUAUCCGCUGUAAAUCCACGUGUUCACGUCAUUGAAGACGCUCAAUGUGAAACAUUGCACACCGGAAGCGCUGCGAGCUGUCGUUGUGGAGCAUGUUAUGGAGCUCGUGUGGUGUCUGGAUAGCACAGCACUUCUUCCACCCGUUGGAGCCGGCAGGUAGCAGGUAGCAGGUGGCAGAGCAGGUAGCAGGUGGCCGGGCAGGUAGCAGGCGGCCGGGCAGGUAGCAGGUAGCAGGCGGCCGGGCAGGUAGCAGGUAGCGGGUGGAGUAACUCGGCGGCAUGCGGACAGACGUGGAGUACAGCCCGGUGGGAGAGGGGCUGGGGAUGCGGGACUUCUGGCUGUAUGCGUGGCUGCGGAGGGCGGCGGUGAUAGCGGCUCAUGUCACCGGUCUGGGCCUGACCCUCAUCAUCUCCAUGCUGUCCAGACCCGGAACCAGUCUGUUUUCUUGGCAUCCAGUGUUGAUGUCUGUUGCUUACUGCCUGUGUUUGACUGAGGGCAUCCUCCUCUUCUCAGCUGAGGGAUCCCCUUUCUGCUUCAAAUCUCGUAAAGGUAAAAUCCGUCUCCACUGGUUCUGUCAAGCUCUGGUCCUGAUAACCUCAGCUAGCGGGCUGGGCUUCAUGGUGGCCAGUAAGAACAUCUCAGAGCGCCCCCACCUGGUCAGCUGGCACAGUCUGCUGGGCAUCUGCACCCUGGCAGCCACUGCUCUCCAAGCAGCUGUUGGUAUUUGUGUGAUCUUCCCUAAGCUGCUGCACCUCUCCUCCUCUCUGCCCAAACUGAAGCUGUACCAUGCCACCUGCGGCCUGGUGGUCUACCUGCUGGCCACAGUCACUGUGGUGUUGGCUAUGUUCUCAGACUGGUUCCAGGCCACUGUGAAAGGGGUGACCUGGUGGGCCUUCUUCCUGCUGCCCUUCUUCCCUGCCCUGGUGGUGAUGAACCAGAUCACUAGCGCCUACCUGCUCCGCAAGAAGAUCACCAGCUAGGAAGCACAAACGAAGAGUCCGUUACUUUGUUUACGAAGUGACCACACUGGAUUCCCACACUGAUGGAAGAAGGAGUCCUCAGUUCAAAAAUAAAACAGCUAAAGGAAAAGGCUUGACACACUGGUAGUCCCAUAGGCAGUAGAAGAACAAAACACCUGGGUGUCUGUCUUACAUCACAGGUCUCUGAAGGGAAGUGUUCCUUUCAGCAUCUCUAUCAUUACUAAGUAACUAGAGUGAGGAAAUGCUCAUUAGUUAAAAGGGCAGGGUGUCUGAGAUCAAACAUGCAUUGUUAAUCUGGGAUUUCUUUGUUCUCAGAUUAUUCAGUUUCUCCAUUCAGAUGAACGUGUGAAGUCAUUGUUCACCAGGACAUGAGCCGCAGCUCACGCUACUUCAGAGUGCCGAGGUCACACAUUUACUCCAUCUGAGGAACAAGUUACAUAAUUAGUGGAAUUAAAUACACUAAUUUCGGCAGAAGUUAUGACCUUAAGAAUAUGGAUGUGUGCACAUAUUGUCAUAUAUGCUACCCCUGAUACCUCCUGGACAGAAACUUAAAGCACUUCAACUCAAAGAAUAGAAUAGCACUAUGCAAAAUAAAUGGGUAAUUAUGUCAUUGUAUACACGACACCCAGAGGAAUAUUUGCACUACAAAUGCAGCGAAAUGAAAAGUCUCAGACACUGUGUUGAGUGGUUUUCAGAAGGGCUAUGAGGCACCUGCUGCUGUUCAAGCUUCAGUGAUGAAUGAGCUGUGGAUGAUUCUAUACCAGCCUGUAAAUACUAUUUAUUGAUUGAUUGAUUUUUUUUUUUGUGUCUGUCUGUUUUGGCUGCUUGCAGGAGCUAAAUGAAGCAAUACAACAUGAAAGCUCCAUCAAUUAACAUUGAAUCAAAUGUAAAAUGUGAAAGUCAGAAUAUCACUUAUCAGCUGGUUGUUCUGGUUUAAGGACACCUCUACUGUUUGGUUCAGUUUUAUGUCUCAACAAUGGGAUGAAUGAGAAAUGUAAAAUCCCUCUAUCUACUCACCACUCGGCCGAUGGAUGGGUGAAGUGUUUGAGUCCAUAAAACACUUUUGGAGUCUCAGGGGUAAACUUCGUUGCAGCAGAAUCCAAUACAAUUGAUUUCAAUGGUGAGUCCUU